CCUGGUUACGCCGAGGCACGUGUGCAGUCCCGGAAGCGGCUCCGGGAAGCUGCCUAGCUCGCGCAGCCGGAGGAAGCGCAGCCGGGUCCGCUCGGGUCGGGUCCGGCUGGGCCAUGGAGCUGUUACCUGAGCCCGCGUCCCGGCCCCGGCCCGGGCCCAGGCCCCGCUGUCUUUUGCUUCUCCCCUUGCUAUUGCUGCUGCUGCUUCUCCUGGCGGCACCGGAGCUGGGCCCGAGGCAGGCCCGAGCAGAGGACACCGACUGGGUUCGACUGCCCAGCAAAUGCGAAGUGUGUAAAUACGUCGCAGUGGAGCUGAAGUCAGCCUUUGAGGAAACUGGCAAGACCAAGGAGGUGAUUGACAUGGGCUAUGGCAUCCUGGACCGGAAGACCUCAGGAGUCAAAUACACCAAGUCGGACUUACGGUUAAUCGAAGUCACUGAGACCAUUUGCAAGCGGCUCCUGGACUACAGCCUACACAAGGAGAGGACCGGCAGCAACCGAUUUGCCAAGGGCAUGUCGGAGACCUUUGAGACGCUACACAACCUGGUGCACAAAGGGGUCAAGGUGGUGAUGGACAUCCCCUACGAGCUGUGGAACGAGACCUCUGCAGAGGUGGCUGACCUCAAGAAGCAGUGCGACGUGCUGGUGGAGGAGUUUGAGGAGGUGAUCGAGGACUGGUACAGGAACCACCAGGAAGAGGACCUGACUCAGUUCCUCUGCGCCAAUCACGUGCUGAAGGGCAAGGAUACCAGCUGCCUGGCAGAGCGGUGGUCUGGCAAGAAGGGGGACACAGCCGCCCUGGGGGGGAAGAAAUCCAAGAAGAAGAGCGGCAGGGCCAAGGCCUCGGGUGGCGGCAGCAGUGGCAGCAAACAGAGGAAGGAGCUGGGUGGCCUCGAGGGAGACCCCAGCCCCGAGGAGGACGAGGGCAUCCAGAAGGCUUCCCCCCUCACCCGCGGCCCCCCCGAGGAGCUCUGAGCCUAACCCAGCGCUCCUGCUGACCCACAGCCCUGACCUGGGAGCUGAAGGAUCUGGGCCCCAGCUCUGGCAGACAGAGCGGCACC